GUGGCAAUAAAACUGGAAUUUGGUAGCGAGGAGUCCCAGAGGAGGAGUGUGGGAGAAAGGGGGUGAUGUUAAAGCAACUUUCAUCAUCAUAUUGUUCAAAAACAAUACCAAGUUGGGCAAGUUUUAAUAGAAUUGCAAGUAUUCGCAUCUGCUGCAGUGGGAUUAGUAAUCAUCAUACACAUUCAACUUGUAUGGAGGCGGAGUAUGUGUUCGGUGCGUACAAGAUUCACCCCAAGGAAGUGUUUUACUCUUCCCAUCUUUCUUAUGCCAUGGUCAAUCUCCGCCCUCUCCUUGCUGGUAAUGUGCUCGUCUGCCCAAGACGCGAAGUAAAGCGCUUUGUUGAUCUUACUGGUGAUGAGACUAGUGACCUGUGGAUUGUGGCACAGAAAGUUGGUAAACAGCUUGAGUACUAUCACAAAGCAUCCUCCCUGACAUUUGCAAUCCAGGAUGGUCCACAAGCAGGACAGACAGUUCCUCAUGUACACAUCCACAUCAUCCCACGAAAAGGCGGUGACUUUGAGAGAAAUGAUGAAAUAUAUGAAGCGAUUGAUGAGAAAGAGAAGGAAUUGAAGCUGGACUUGGACAAGGAAAGGAAAGACAGAACCCUGGAGGAAAUGGCUCAAGAAGCAGAAGAAUACAGAAAGCUUUUUGUGUAAACAAAGUGAAGCAUGACAUUAGUAAUAUUUGCUGCUUGUGUAAACAAAGUGCAGCAUGCGGCGAUCCGUAUUUAAAGUACUGUUGAAGAUUUUUCCCCUUUUUCUUGAAUAACAUUCAAAAGCACAAAAUUGCUUCCUAGUUGCUAGCGAUUCUGGUUAUUUUAGCACAAAAAGUUACUUGCGACUUAUAAAGUUGACAAGUUUACUAGUAUUUGACCAGUAGUAUGUAAUAGGUGAAAAAGGUUUUGUGAGUAAAUUGUAAGAGUAAUUUUUCUGAACUUGCUCCGUACUGUGCAAUCAAUGUCAAUGUCCAUCAUAUAUUGAUAUUAAACAUUAAUACCAGAUUUUCCCUUAUUGGAA